CUGUCGGGAAAAUACCUUUUACGCACAGAGUGUCUGGAAAGGUUGAGCGAGUCCGCGCGCCAGCGAUCAGUCAUUUUGAAGCGAAAGAGUCAUACAGCCAACAGAAAAACUGUUAGCUGGGGCGUCUGAGUAGGCAUGUGGCUACUGGAGAAGCUCCGCAGUGGGACUCAAUCCCAGCCUCCGCAGACAACAGAGGCCAUUCCUGUUUCUGUGUAUGCCAAUGUACUCACUCCAGAGAAGAUUCCCGAUUUCUUCAUCCCACCCAAACUUAUCUGCUGCCCCCCAGAAGAAUCUGUCACCCCAGAAACUCAGCACUGCUCCAAAAUCAGACCCUCAGCCUCUGACCAUGCCAUCUGCAGCCAGAGCCCCAGAGCUAGGAGCAGCAAGAACCCCUGCAGCCCUCGCCUCUUUUCCCGCAAUCUCCAGAAAUCAGCCAACCGGCACAUCAUCCAGAUAGAGAGCGCUGAUGAGCCUGGUGCUGGAUCUAUGGACAGGGUCGGUAUUGAUGUAAACACUAACGCUGACCCACAGUCACAGACUGCAAUGUCUCUGCCGUAUGUCCCAAAGGCUCAGACCUCCUAUGGCUUUUCCACCCUGAUGGAGUCUCCUCAUACCCGACGCAAGGAAAGCCUUUUCCACAGCGACCCCAGCAGCCCUCUCACCUCCCCAAACUCCCAGAGGCGCUCCCAAGGGGGAACCCUACUGGCCCCGGCUGACCCCAACCCCUACCGCUAUUUCAGCGGUGGUGAGAGUGACACCUGCUCCUCAGCCGAGUCAUCUCCCUUUAACUCACCUCUCCUUUCCCGAUCUGCCUCUCUCCUGCGCUCUAUUACACAGGAGACACAAGCCAAGGUGUCUCGUGCCAAACGUUCCCUGGCACGCCACAGUUCCCUCUCCACUGAUGAAUGCAGCUCAGCAGACAACAGCCCCAACAUGCAGCGCCGCCGAAUGCGCUGCCCUCCCUCUCCCGCCUUUCGUGGAUGUAAAAGCGGUGGCUUGAGGGGAGCAGCAGCAUCAGACCUCUGUCAGCGCGAGCACACUAUAAACCUCAACAAGGGGGGGAAACUGAGGCUGAGCACUCACUAUGACAGGGAGGCAGCCCGGCUGAGGGUGCGCGUGCUCACAGCCGAGGCCCUUUACGACAGGCAGACAGACCUUAAAAGCAUCAACUGCUGCGUAGCACUCUACCUGAAUCCUGGUAAGCAGCAGAAACAAAGGAGCACCAUCAUUAAGAACAGCAGGAAUCCGGUGUUCAAUGAAGACUUUUUUUUCGAUGCUCUGCCUCAGGCACAGGUAAAGACUCUGGCCAUGAAAGUAAAGGUAGUGAACAAAGGAACCAGCCUGAAGAGAGAUGUGCUUCUUGGAGAAAGAGAGGUGCUGCUCAGUGAGCUGCUCGCAGGCCUCUAGGGAGCCCCUGUCAAGACUCUGGCGGACACGAGCUGGUCCACACCUUGAGGGCCCCCAAUCUUUUUAUCCCACCUCGCCCUUCUGACAAAUACUGGACAGGAGCAAGCACACAGAUGACAAGGAAGAUGUUUCUUCCACACUGGGUUAUGUAUGCGCACAGAAAAAAAAUGAAGGUCUCUGUUAAAGUCUCGCUUUGCCAGUUCUUCAAAUUCAAAAUUAGGGUCAGCCCACAAUAACCUAUAGGCUUAUCAGUGGAGUGACUAUGUGAACAGUGGGGCUGUGAUCCUCGUUUGUGCAUAUUUCUC